AAAAAAAACUCAUACAGUUGCAAUUUUAUAACCAUUAUUGGUCAAUAAUGUGAUAUAACAUUUUUACAUUAAAAUGAAACUGUACGAAUUUGUGUGAAUUUUCAUAAUAAUAUUAUAAUACAAUACACCAUUCAAUUAAGUUAUUUGACACCCAACUGAUAGGUGUGCGUUUAAUACAAAAUAAAUUAUUCUCCAAAUCUACUCAAAAUGGAAUUUUCAACAUCGGACGUAGCUGCUAGUUGUUCAGCUACUGCAGCUCAGUUUGGCAUCAAUGAUAUUCAAAUUGCCAAUUCAAUUAAUGUUCCUAUAAUUGACGGUAUGUUCUACAACAUUUUAUCAGAUAAUAUUAACAAUUCUAAUUAUUAUAAUAUAAAAUUUUAACCGUUAAUGAUUGAAAAAUAAUUAAAAGAUUUAUCUAACUGCGCAAGGUGACAAUUUUAUUGAAUACCCAUAUAAUAUCUACACCAAAUUAUGUGUAAAAUUAAUAAUAAAAUAAAAUAAAAACUUGAAGGUAAUAGUUAAGUAGGUAACUAUAAAAAUUAUAAAUUAGAGAUUAAAAAAAAAAAAAAAAAACAUUCAAAAUAAUUUAACUUACCUACCUACCUAAUACUACUUGAUAGCAGAAAUGUUGAUCAUGGAUUAACUAAUUACCUGUAGGUAUUAUUUCCAAAUAUUAAUCUAUUAGGUAUAUACUAAUUGUCAUUACAUAUUUUAAAUGAAUUAUACAAAUUUAAAAUUUCCUGGCUGAGAAGGAAGGUGAAUAAUUCUAAUGAGCAGGUAAAUUGUAGUUUAUAAAUAUUAUUUAUAAACUAAUAUGUAUAUAAUAAUAAUAUAACUAUCUAAAUAUUCUAUAUUUAUCAAGGUCAUCGAAUAUAAUAAGUACCUAAGUACCUACUUCAUACAUUUUAAUCAAAAUUAGGUGCUUACUCGAAUAUCUAUUACCUACUGCUACUACCUAGGUAUCUAUUCAGUAAUAUAGUAUUAAUAGAAUAUAUAGUCAGAAUACACAAGACGAUAAUUUGAUUUAAAUAAGUACCUACAUACCCAAUUACUACAAUGAUUAAUUUUUCGAUACCUACUACCAUUGAUUACAAAUAUCAAUGAUAAUAAAUUUUAGUAUUUAUAAUCAAUGCUACUACCCUACAAUGAACCGAUUAAAUAAUUUAUUGAUCAAAAUACCGUAGCAUAGUAAUAUAUGUAAGUACAAUAGCAUAGUAGCUUUGGCUACUGUGGCCAUUAGGUAUUGCAGUUUUGUUUAAAAGUCUAGGUUAUUUAUGAUUUUUUAAAACAUAUAAUUACCGUUUAUAUUUUAAAUUAGGUCAUAUAAUUCUGUUUUUCUUAAACAAAAAAAGUUAAUAAGUACCCUAAGUUCUGAUUAUCUGGAUUUGGUCCAAGGUGUUUGGGAUUUUCAAUUUGUCAUUCGUCUACAUUUUUUUAAUUUUUUUUUUUAUUGUCAGUCUGUUUGCCAUUUGGUUUUUAGUGCGUCUUGUCUGUGAAUGUUACGAUUUGAAAUAGCGCCGUGUUUAGGCACCUACCAGUUCUGUCGCCUUCUUAGCAUCUUUUCGUAUCCUUCACGAUACAAACGCGUACCCUCGGGAACGAACAAAUAAUUUAUGUGGAUAUCCAUGUUCGAAGGCACAGCGACCGAUUAAAAUAUAGCGAGUUAUAAUUCAUUAUAACGUUACUAACAUUGGUCGCCUAGUAACGGGUUACUUUUGAUUUGUUGUGUUCACAAAUAUUGUUUUUGUAGGCAGGUAUCUAAACGAAAACCGUGUGAAACAACGGUAACAUUAUCCUAUUCAUAGACCAUUUUACCCGUUGUCCGAGAGCUUAUAAAUUGCACUAAUGAUUCAACUCGCGGCAAAUAUUACAUAUUAUAUUUUGUAGGUAGCUGAUAGUGGUGGUACACAUUAAAUUAAUGAACAAUUAAGUAAGUUUUUAAGGAAUGGGCUAUUGAACGGAAUGAGUAGGUAAUUAAUAGACACUCGUAUUCUCAUUAACAUUAAGGCACCGAGCGUGUACCCACGCUUCGACCAAAAUAAUAUAAUAUUCUACUACGCUUUAAUUUCAGUUUAAAAAACCGAGCAUUAAUGUGAAAUAACUACCUAAUUAAAAUCGUGCGUUUCGCUGUGUAAUAAAUGCAAAAAGCAUAAAAUAAUGAAUCGAUUCGGCGUAGAUAUCGAAAACAAUAGUAGGUAAAUUUGAGUCGUGUCUAACUCGGUGGACCCGUCAGCAGGUUUAGAAAACCAAACGUACACCGUUUUAUUCUCGAAUGUAAUUACUACACUAUUGUUUAUUAUAUAUUUUGAUCGGAUACAUUAUUGUCGGAUUUACUUUACAAGGACUAAGAUAAUAAUAAUACAUGGGUAUAGUUUUUUUAAUUAUUUUUAAACAUAAUUAUAAUACACACACUGGAGCAGACAUAGACCCCGCCCACCGGUAUCCAGCCAAGAUAUUCCAUGUACCACGUAGGUUUGAUCUGGCUUUCUGGUUAAAUUGUUUUGUUUUCGUUCGAAACCCAUACAUAUAUUUGAAUAAAUAUAACAAUAGGCUCUCUAAAUAAUUAAUGUACACUUGUUAUUAUUUUUUCGGUAGGUAGGAAUAAAGAACUAAAAAUACCACAUCAGAUAUCGUUCCAAACAGUUCGGGUCCGCUGAAUGAUAAGGUCUUCGUCAUAGGUCGUUUAUAUUAUUUUUUUUUUACUCGGUAUGACGUGCUUGACACGCGUAAAACAACUAAAACCGUACAGAAUAUAGAUAUUAGUAGUAGGUAGUGUGCGAAAGUGAAAUCGCAAUCUCUUGACAAUAUUAUAGCAAUACAAAACGGAAAUUUGCAUUUCUUAUCAAACUAUUUUGAUUCAGGUAAGAACUAAAUUGAGAUAACGUCAAUGCAUUAUGCAUUAUCAUUUAUCACAUUAUUGUCAAUCUGGGAGCAACAAAAAAAAAAAUCGAGUCAAAAACGAGAUCAUGUUACGGACAUUUUUGUAUUUCGUGUAUAAUUUAAAAAAUAUUAAAACAAUGUCGUCGAUUAUCAAAUAGUAUUUUCUUUUAUCCACAUAAAAAUUAUUGGUCGAUUAAUAACGAAUAUCAUUCAUUUUAUUAUUAGGUCAUAUAACACAACAAAAUAUGGCUGAGCAUCAAGAUGUACAAAACGAAUCAGGUAAUUAAAUAUUAAUUAAACAACAAUAAUGUUAUACAAAAUCAACUGGUUACUGUUUGAAUAAAAUAUAUACUUAUUACAUUAAUAUAUGCGUUAUACUACAUUAAAUAAUGAUGUUUUGAUGAUGAACAAUAACAAUUCAGCUGAAAAAAAAAAUAUAUACAUAACAUUGAUUAAUGACAAUGAUAUUAUUUGAUUUCAGUGUCUACCAUGGACGAAACUAUGUCUAUUAAACCAACAAAGGUAGAAAACGACCAAACAAUGUCUACCACAAAAGCAGUAGUUGCUUUGGUGGUUAUAUUUUUAGCGGCGUUAUUUACUUUAGCAUAUUUAUAUUAUAACUUUCCAGAAUUAACUGAGUAAAUAAUACCUACAUUUUAUUAAUUAAAAUAAAAUAAAAUGUUUACAACAUAAUAUUUAUUAUUUUCAGGGAAGAAAAACAAUAUAUUAAAAUUCCAUUUAAUAUCCAAGAUGCACAGAAUUUAGGUAAUGUUUUGGAACAUUAUAAAGAUACAUAUUACAGUCAAGUAUUUACGUCAAUUUUAUUCUGUUAUAUAUUGUAUCCUUUUAAUUAGUUUUAAAAUAAAAUGUUCACUGUUACCUAAUAUUGACAUCUUCCAAUUGUUUAAAUUUCACUUUAACUAUAACCCAAAAAUAUAGUUUGCAGACAUUUGCAAUACCUGGUUCAAUAUCGUUGUCAAUUUUAUGUGGAUUUUUAUAUCCAUUUUUAUUAGCAUUAGGGAUCAUCUGUUUCUGUUCAGCGAUGGGUGCUUGUUUCUGUUAUCUAUUAUCUAUGACAAUUGGAAGGCGAUUAGCAUACAGAUAUUUUCCGGACAGAAUUAAGACUUAUGCAAAUUUAGUAAGUGACAGACAUAUGUAUUAGAAAUAAAUUAGACGAAUUAAUGGUUUUUUUUUUUUUUACCAGGUGAAAAAACACAAUGACAACAUGUUUAGUUAUAUUAUGUUUCUACGAAUAACUCCGUUUUUGCCUAAUUGGUUUAUAAAUGUAUGCGCACCUUUAGUUGAUGUUCCGCUGGUACCAUUUUGGGCGGGAACAUUUUUUGGUAAAUAUUUAACAAUUUAUAUGUAAAAUAUUAGAUUUAUAGAUUUUUUUUUUUAAAUCACAAAUCUGACUUUUUCUCAGUUUAUAACAUUAAUGAUUAAACAAAAUAUUGUAAUCAUAAAUUUUACUCUUUUUUUUUUCUAUCUUGAUAAAGUUUUAGUUUUUACGUUUGAUUGAAUUCAGUUUUUUUAAUAUAAUAAAUCAAAACUGGGUUAUUAUUUUAAUAACAAUUAAAUUAAAUUAAUUUAUCAUACAAAUAAAAAUUAUUCUACAAUCAAAUAAAAUGUGUAUGGAUUAGCUAAUAUCUUUUGUCUACCCAAAGUAAUAUAUAUGUUUCUUAAACAGAAAUCAUUUAAAAAAAUAGGUAUUUAAAACAACUUCAACAAUAUUCUUAAUGCAUACUUGUUAUCUUUAUCAUGAUACAUAGUAAUUAAGUUUUCUUUCCAAAAAUUAGUACUCUACAAUAUUGGGUAUUCAAUUUAGUAUUAUAGUGUUCUUUACUAAACAAACAACAAAUACAAACUCUGAAUAAAAUCGAUACAAAUUCAACAAAACUUCUUUUAAUAUAAUUAUUUAUAAUACAUUUUUAUUAGUUAUAAAAUAUACUUAAAUUCAUCUUUAUCGUCAUACUUUUCAACUAGGUACUUCUAUUAUAUACUUAUAAUAUUAUCAAAUACUGAUUAUUAAAAUAGUAUUUGAGAGAUAAAAAGUAAUUAUAUAUUAAUAUAUAAAUUCAAAUUAUAACUUUGAAAGUGAGUUAGUAAGUCACAAUUGGUGACUCAAGGUUAGAUUAAAUUAAAUUGGGUCCAAUGAGUUCAGAGAAAUUUAGACGCAUACAUAGAGUUUUGGUUUUGUGACAAUCAACUUGUAAAAAUAAAAAUAAUAUUAUUAUCUCCCGUAUUUAAUAUAGUUUAACAUAUUUGUUUUUAAAUUCUAGGAGUAGCAGUUCCAUCUGUACUGGCUGUACAAGCUGGAAAAACCCUACACGAGCUCACUUCUACAACCAGUUUGUGGUCAUGGUCUUCCAUAUUACUUUUAGCAGUAUUUGCUACUUUAUCAUUAAUGCCUGUACUAUUCAAAGGAAAACUGAGAGACAAAUUCGACUGAAAAAACAUUGUUGACUGCCAUAGUGAAGGACAUUCCAUUAAUGUAGUCUAGAUUCACUUCCCCAUUUGUGCAUCUUCCCUAUGUCACUGUGUCUCAUAAUUUGUUAUAUUAACUACUAUGUAAGCAUUUAAGCGCCUUAAAAUUAUUUCUAUGAAAUUAAUUUUAAUCAAUAAACAUUGUUUUGUUACCUUUGGAUUCCAGAAAAUUUAUCAUAUAUUUUUAAUAACCACAAUGGUGUUUGAGGACUUAAUGAUUGAAAUGAUACUUCAAAGUGACGCAUUUCUACUUUAUCUGCAUUUAUAUCUUCUUCCAUAGCUUUCAAUGAAGCUUCAUGACAGAUUGAUAUUACCUAUUCAUGAUAUUAUUAAAAUUAGUUUAUAAAAAACAUACCAAUAUAAGUUUUAACCUACUUCAGCACCAGAAUAGUUUUCAGAGAGCUCAACCAAUUUAUUUAUAUCUACAUCAGUCGAGGUUGGCAUUUUUGAAAGCUUAAGUUUCAAUAUCUCUAAACGUGUAGUACUAUUUGGUAAUGGAACAUAAACUUUACGAUCUAAUCUCCCAGGUCUCAAAAGAGCCUAAU